GAUUAGUGAGUCGCUGUCCUUCGUCACAAUGCAGGUGCGAGUCGCAUCUUCAUCGCCACUUGCUCUGCACUUGGUUGUGCUUCUAUCCCUUCUAAAUACAAUUACUCACACUCAAGUCUUCUCCAAAGCUGAACAAAAACGUGUGGAAAAUAAGCGAGGAUAUCUUAGACAUCCAGGAUACUUCAACGGAAAAUUCGGACAUCUUUAUUCAGCGGAAGAUUUUUUUCUAAAAGCAAAAAAUGAAAGUAUUCACGCUGGAAGAUCCACUACCAGACCGCCAUUGUACAGAGUGUCACCAGCUAUGUUCCAACAAGAAGGUGUUGGCAGAGGCUCCCUCCUGAGACAUGAAUCAUUGAGAGGUGACGCACACGAACCAGAAGAAGGCUUCAGCAUAGCAAAACAUAAUCAUGGCGAAUUUUCUUAUACAACUCCAUCAUCUAUUAUUCACUAUGAGAGUAAUCCAGGAUUGAAAGGAAAUAUAGAGGAUCACCCAAACAUGGCAAAGUUACCACAAUCAAUACCAUAUUAUGCACGAAAUGAUAGAAGACCACAUAAAAAAGGAAAAGGCAAUAAUAAACCACCUGUGCGAUUUACAAUACCCCCAGAAUACACGAGGACAACACAGCCUGUAUACUACACAACUGAGAGAGCUACUAUGCAUCCAACCACAACAGAAACAUUUUUCACAACUUGGCCAACAACCUCAGGAAUCGAGGGGAAGGGACACCAUAAGCCACCAUCGAAAUUCACAAUACCACCUGAAUAUACACCAAUGACAGAGCCAUUCCAUCAUGAAACUGAACCAGUGACUAGUUACCCCUACACAACUCAACACGUCCACAUAACAUCAGGAAUUAAGAAAGGUAAAGGACAUCAUAAACCAGCUUCCAAAUUCACAAUACCUGCCGAAUACACUCAGACAACAGAACCUGUACAUUAUACAACUGAACCAGUGACAGUGCACCCAACAACUACUGGAAGAGAAAUCUUCACAACACAUCCAACAACCGCAGGUGUUAAAAAAGGAAAGGGACACCAUAAGCCUGCUUCUAAAUUCACAAUCCCUCCAGAAUAUACCCGGACAACAGAGCCAGUACAUUAUCCGACUGAACCAGUGACUAGUACACCAGAAACCACUCAAUAUGUAUAUAUCACUCAACCAACAACUUUGGGAGACCAUAAAGGAAAAGGACAUCACACACCAGCCACCAUGUUCACAAUACCACCAGAAUACACACAGACUACAAAGGCUGUAUACUAUCCAACUGAACAAGUAACAAUGCAUCCAACAACCUCUGAGGAAGAAGUUGUCACAACUCAUCCCAUUACAACACAAGGCUCCAAAAAAGGAAAGGGUCAUCACAAGCCAGUUUCAAUGUUUACAAUACCACAUGAUUAUACCCAGACUACGGAGCCAGUGUACUAUCAUACUGACCUAGAAACUACCCAGAAAGUGUAUACUACACAGCCAACAACAUCAGGAAUCAAGAAAGGAAAAGGGCAUCAUAGACCAGCUACCAUGUUCACAAUACCCCCGGAAUACACACAGACUACCGAGCCUGAUGUAUACUAUCCAACUGAACAAGUAACAUUGCACCCUACAACCACUGAGAAAGAAAUUCUCACUACUCAUUUUAUAACAACACAAGGAUUGGAAAAAGGGAAGGGGCAUCACAAGCCAGUUUCAAUGUUCACAAUACCUCACGAAUUUACUCAGACAACAGAGCCAGUAAAUUAUGAAACUGAACCAUUUACUACUCAACAAGUGCACAUUACUUAUCCCGCAACAUCAGGAAUCAAGAAAGGGAAAGGUCAUCAUAAGCCAGCUUCCAAAUUCACUGUACCUGCAGAGUACACUCAGACAACAGUUCCUGUACAGUAUACAACUGAACAAGUAACUGUUCAUCCAGAUAAUACUGAAGAAGUGUACAUCACUCAGCCAACAACAUCAGGUGUUAAAAAGGGGAAAGGACACCAGAAGCCAGGAUUCAUGUUCACAAUACCACCUGAGUACACCAAGACAACAAAACCUGUAUAUUACUCAACUGAACCAUUAACAACUGCACAAAUCUAUAUAACUCAUCCAACAACUCAUUGGUCUAUGAAGGGCAAAGGUCAUAAAAAACCAGUCUCCAAAUUCACAAUCCCGUAUGAGUACACAAUGACUACUCAAUCCAAUUACAAUCCCACUACAAUGUUCCAUACUUCCAAUCCAAUGGACUAUGGUCAAUCAACAUCUUCUGUUGAGUUUUUGACAAUCAAUAAUGAACCCCACAACUGGCAAACAUCAACAAUUAGUUACCCAGAUACUACCCAUUCUUAUGAGGAUGGACAAUCAACUGAUGAACAAUUCACUAUUCCAGGAUAUGAAGGUUCAAAGCCUGGCCAUUCUGAAGGUAUUGUUACAAAGCCUGCAUUUUUUACUGAGGCUCCAAUAAAAUAUGAGUCUACUCCAGUUAUAUAUCAGACCAACCAAUAUAAUGGAAUGCAAACUGAUUUCCAAUCAACUGAAUACCCUCAUUAUGAAGAAUCUCCAUCAAUGCAAAAUACAGAGCCUGCACAUUAUCAAACCAUGAAGUACUCAGAUUUUGAUCAGUCAACAGUUCCAGUGGAGAUACCAAGUGAGUCAUCAACUGAACCACAACAUUAUGAAGAGUUCUCAACCAUCCAAACAGACUCAUCAAUGCAAAGCACAGAACCUUCUCACUUUCAUACUGACAAAUACUCAGAUUAUGAUCAAGCUACAGUUCCAGUGGAAAUAACUCAUCAAUCACCACAGAACCCACAUUACGAAGAAUCAACAACUCAAACAGACUCAUUUAUGCAAUACACAACUCCUGUACACCAUCAGACCGACAGAUAUGUAGAUGAUGACCAAGCUACUGUUCCUAUAGAAAUACCAACUCAACAAUCCACCAAGUAUCCACAUUAUCAAGAAUCUCCAACUACACAUCCAGACCUUUCAAUGCAAUUCACAGAAUCUUCUCAAUAUCAUUCAACAAUGGACAUGGAAGAUGACCAAUCUACUGUUCCAGUGGAAAUAUUAAUUGGAUCAACUAAGUAUCCCCAUUAUGAAGAUCUCUCAACCCCCUAUUCAGAUUCAUCAAUGCAAUACACUGAAUCCUCAUCUGUCGUAUACACAGAUGAUGAACAAGCUACUGUUCCAAUAGAAAUAUUACCUGAAUCAUCAACUAAAUAUCCCCAUUAUGAGGAUCAUUCAGUCCCAUCAAUGCAAACUACAGAAUAUCACAACACUGAUAAAUACACAGAUGAUGACCAAGCUACAGUACCAGUCGAAAUCCCAUCUCAUUUCUUAACAAAGAAUCCACAUUAUGAGUCCUCAACUGUAAAACCGGAUUUAACAGCCCAUUUCACAACACCCUCUCAUUAUCAUUCUGGUGAAAGUUCAGAUGAUCAGGCUACUGUGCCAAUUGAUGUGGCAAUGGAGACAACAACUGAGAUGGAGUCACAUCACAUAGAAUCAACAUCAGGUUACAAGCAGCCAGUGGAGUCUGACUCCAGUUUACAAUCCAAAGUUCCUCUUUCCCCAUCGGACAAGGAUGAACAGCAUCAUCUGCAUGUGGAUUUCAGUGAUGAUGAAAAUGAAGAGGACUUUGAUCAGCAAUCCAUCACUCAUCCCUAUUUUGCUCAUCCAACACAAUCAACCCCAGCUAAUAGACCAGAAGAAUUAGAUUGGAGGAGUGGUAGUACAGUUCAUAUUAAACCUGGCAAGAAGUACACUGUUGCUCCAUCAGACUUUUUCUUGACACCCAUAGCACCAUUCAAACCAGUCGAGUUCAUUCCUCCUCAGCCAUACAAGCAGUGGCCAAGUCAGUCCGCAUUGAAUAGCACUGGCAUAGACCAGGUUAAAGUUCCAGAUACAAUUCAAGUAGAUUUGAAAGGAUAUCCAUCUUAUGCUGAGAACAGACCUGGCAUCAAAGGAAGAGGAGGAAGACACAAUAUGAUUUCAAAACCUUGGUACUUCAUGAGCAGAACUUUUCAUUAGGAACCUAUUAUUUCAAUUUCCCAAGCGUUGCAUAUUUUGAGCCCAUGAAAUGAAUUCUGGACAAACUCGAAUUGCCAGCAUUAUUAUAAUGAGAUUGAAUAAUAAUUAUGAUGUACUAUAAAAAUAAGUUAUAUUCAAGUGUUCAAACUAUUGUGAAUAAAGAUAAUUUUCUUAGUUC